AAUUUUGAUUACCCCUGAUUUCAGUCAUUGAAACUUCAUCAAUUUGUAUUGAACUAUCUUACAUCAAGUAAAUACCUGACUGGUAGAGGUGCCGUACCUCACCUUGAAACAGUUGAUCGUUUGUAUUGUAGAUAGCCAUCCACUACUGCUGACACAACUAGCAAUCGCAAGACGGAUGUUUUCUACAUGUUUCGUAAUCUCUUACUCGUCUUCUUCUCUUUAAUGAGUCCCUCCAUUUUAAGUCCGUAUCUGACGAGUGGAAGGCCAUCAUCUAGAGGCCAAAUAGUAUCCAAGCAGCGUGUUAACUUUGGUACUCCAGACAUGAUGUCGCUAUCCACUAAGGUACCGAUUGAUGACACAGUACAUCCUUCAGUAAGAUACCUGAAUGUCUUCUCCAUUCAGGUUACCGAGUAUUCCCGUCCUCAUCUCACAAGAUGGACUACGUGAAUGGUGAUGC